ACUCAGAUGGGUUUUGAGUCCCGGUCCGAAGCUUCAGAGGAUCAGAUCCUGCUGGAAGGAGGACCUGCGAGUCCGGGACCGAACGGAUUCUGAGCUGGACCAGAACCGGGCCUCAGAGACCACCGGGUGUGGGUCUGAGCGGGUCAUCUUCUGAGGACCGAACCAGGACCAGGACCAGGAGGAGAGAAGGGAAUCUGCAGACAGAACCGAACUUCUUUUUUUUUAAGAACCUGUUCGUGCAGAGUCUGAGUGAGAGCGAGCGGCGGCGGCGGCGGCCAUCACUCCGGCACGGCGGCGCCUGCAGACAUGUCGGUCUCCACUCAGCUGGGUCUGCUGCUGUGGAAGAACUUCACCUACAGACGGAGACAGACGCUCCAGCUCCUGGUAGAAAUCGUCUGGCCUCUCUUCAUCUUCUUCAUCCUCAUCACCGUGCGUCUGAACUACCCUCCCUACGAGCAGCAUGAGUGUCAUUUUCCCAACAAGGCGAUGCCGUCGGCAGGAACCCUGCCCUGGGUCCAGGGGAUCCUCUGCAACGCCCACAACCCCUGCUUCAAGAACACCACGCCGGGCGAGUCCCCGGGCGUCGUCGGAAACUUCAAUGACUCCAUAAUUUCUCGCCUGUUUUCGGACGUGAAGAAGAUCCUGCUGUACAGUCAGAAUGAUAAGAACCUGGAGGGCUUCAAGGAACUGGCCCGGGCCCUGGAGACGCUGCAGGCCACUCGCUCAGGCUUCAAGUUGAAGCAUUUCCUGCGAGACAAUGAGACUCUAUCGAGCUUUCUGCUGAGGAACGCCUCUCUGUCCCGGCUCACCGUUCAGCAGAUCACCGAGGCCAACGUCAACCUGGAGAAGGUCCUCCUCAGAGGCUUAGGGGUCCACCUGAAGGACAUGUGUCCCAGGAAGGACGGGAGGCAGAAUCUGUCGGACUUUGUGACCUUCUCGGACCAGCGGCUGGUGUCUCAGGUGCAGGACAUCAUCUGUGAGGCGCAGCCCGAGUGGCUGGACAAGGCUGAGGAGAACUUCAUGAGCAACCUGGACUUCUUCAGACCGAUCCGGAGGGACGUGGGUUCUGACCCGGAGGCCGUCCAGCAGGUGGUCCGGGCCACCAACAACCUUCUGGACAGUCUGGGCUCCCUGGCUGUGGAGUGUGUAAACCUGGACAAGUUGGAGCCAGUCGCCACCGAGGAGCGGCUCGUUAACCAGUCCAUGCUGCUGCUGGAGGACAGGAAGUUCUGGGCGGGGAUCGUGUUCCCCGACAUCGCUCCGAACACCACAGAACUCCCGCCAAAAGUCAACUACAAGCUCCGGAUGGACAUCGACAACGUGGAGCGGACCAACAAGAUCAAAGACGCGUACUGGGACCCAGGCCCUCGUGCCGACCCGUUUGAGGACAUGCGGUACAUCUGGGGCGGGUUCUUGUACCUGCAGGACGUGAUCGAGCAGGGCAUCAUCAGAGCGCUGACGGGCACCAGAGAGAAAACGGGAGUCUACAUCCAGCAGAUGCCGUACCCCUGCUACGUGGACGACAUCUUCCUGCGGGUGAUGAGCCGCUCCAUGCCGCUCUUCAUGACGCUGGCCUGGAUGUACUCGGUGUCCAUCAUCCUGAAGAGUGUGGUGUACGAGAAGGAGGCCCGUCUGAAGGAGACCAUGAGGAUCAUGGGUCUGGAUAACGGCAUCCUGUGGUUCAGCUGGUUCAUCAGCAGCCUGGUGCCUCUGCUGAUCAGCGCCGGUCUGCUGGUGCUGGUGCUGAAGAUGGGGAACCUGCUGCCGUACAGCGACCCGGGCAUCAUCUUCCUCUUCCUGGGCUCGUACGCCGUGGUCACCAUCAUGCAGUGCUUCCUCAUCAGCACGGUGUUUUCUCGCGCCAACCUGGCCGCCGCCUGCGGAGGAAUCAUCUACUUCACCCUCUACCUGCCGUACGUCCUCUGCGUCGCCUGGCAGGACUACAUUGGCUUCGGGGCCAAAGUCUUUGCUAGCCUGCUGUCUCCUGUGGCGUUCGGGUUCGGCUGCGAGUACUUCGCCCUAUUCGAGGAACAAGGAGUCGGCAUCCAGUGGCAGAACCUGGUGUCGAGCCCCCUUCAGGAGGACGAGUUCAGUCUUCGGACCACCAUCAUUGUCAUGUACUUCGACUCCUUCCUGUACGGGGUGCUCACCUGGUACAUAGAAGCCGUGUUUCCAGGUCAGUAUGGGAUCCCUCGACCCUGGUACUUCCCCUUCACCAAGUCCUACUGGUUUGGAGAUGACGGGAGGUCCAGUAAAGUCCCUCUGAACCGGAAAGGAAAUGCUUCAGCUGUGUGUGUGGAGGAGGAGCCAGCUCACCUGGAGCCAGGAGUCUUCAUCGAGAACCUGGUGAAGGUCUACCGUCACGGUAAAAAGCUGGCAGUGGACGGACUGACGCUCGGAUUCUACGAGGGACAAAUCACGUCUUUCCUGGGUCACAACGGAGCCGGAAAAACCACCACAAUGUCCAUCCUGACCGGCCUGUUCCCGCCCACCUCUGGCACCGCCUACAUCCUGGGUAAAGACAUCCGCACAGAGCUGAGCGCCAUCAGACAGAGUCUGGGGGUCUGUCCACAGCACAACGUCCUCUUCAGCAUGCUGACCGUAGAGGAGCACAUCUGGUUCUACGCUCGGCUGAAGGGUCUGUCGGAGGAACAGGUCAAAGGCGACAUCGAGCACAUUCUGCAGGACACGGGGCUGCCGCACAAACGCAAGUCCAGGACCAGCACCCUGUCGGGGGGCAUGCAGAGGAAGCUGUCCGUGGCUCUGGCCUUCGUCGGGGGCUCAAAGGUGGUGAUUCUGGAUGAGCCCACCGCCGGCGUGGACCCCUACGCCCGCAGAGGGAUCUGGGACAUGCUGCUGAAGUACAGACAGGGUCGGACCAUCAUCCUGUCCACGCACCACAUGGACGAGGCGGACAUCCUGGGCGACCGCAUCGCCAUCAUCUCCCACGGGAAGCUGUGCUGCGUGGGCUCGUCUCUGUACCUGAAGAACCAGCUGGGGACGGGCUACUACCUGACCCUGGUGAAGAAGGACCCGGAGCCGUCGCUCAGCUCCUGCAGGAACUCGUCCAGCACCGUGUCCUUCACCAAGAAGGACGAGGAGGGCGCCUCGGUCAGCAGCAGCGAUGCAGGACUUGGCAGCGAACAUGAAAGUGAGGCAGCCACCAUCGAGAACGGCCCCGCGGCGUCCAUCUGCACCAGCCCCUUCGUCCCGCCGGACGCGACCCUGGUGUCUGCGCUGAUCCUGCGCCACGUCCCGGCCGCCCGCCUGGUYGAGGACCUGGGCCACGAGCUGACCUACAUCCUGCCGUACAGCGCCGCCAAAGACGGCGCCUUCGUGGAGCUCUUCAAAGACCUGGACGUGAAGCUGCACGACCUCGGCAUCUCCAGCUACGGAGUGUCCGACACCACWCUGGAGGAGAUUUUCCUAAAAGUGGCRGAAGAUAACGGCGUCGACACUGAGGUACCCUCAGAUGGGACACUUCCUGUUCAGAGGCGGAGGAGGACUCACGCCUUCGGGGGAGGGGACCAUCAGAGCUGCCUACGACCCAUACCUGAGGACGACAACGACGAGUGCAACGACUCGGAAGGAGACGCUGACUGCAAAGAGACGGACUGGAUGAACUCCACCCCCGGGAAAGGGUCCUACCAGGUGAAUGGGUGGAGCCUAAAGAGGCAGCAGUUUGUGGCGCUGAUGUGGAAACGCUUCCUGUACGCUCGACGCUCCAGGAAAGGCUUCUUCGCUCAGAUCGUUCUCCCGGCCGUGUUCGUCUGCAUCGCUCUCGUCUUCAGCCUCAUCGUGCCGCCGUUUGGAAAGUAUCCCAGCCUGGAGCUGCAGCCGUGGAUGUACGAGGACCAGGUCACCUUUAUCAGCGAUGACGCACCUGGAGACGCCAACAUGCAGAAGUUACUGAACGCUCUGAUGGACCCUCCUGGCUUCGGGACUCGCUGCAUGGACGGACAUUCUAUUCCAGAGGCCCCCUGUACGAUGGGAGACGAGGACUGGCACACACCCGAUGUCCCAGAAAGCGUCCAGCAGCUGUUCAGCUCCAGAAACUGGACCAUGGAGAACCCGUCCCCGYACUGUUUCUGCACCACCAACGGCAGGAAGAGGAUGCUGCCGGACUGUCCCGAAGGAGCCGGGGGUCUCCCCCCACCUGAG